UCUACCCUGAGAUAGUGCAAACUAGUACAUAAUGUAACUGUUUGACGAGAGCGAGGCGUAUCAGAAAAUAUGGCGAACGCUCAUGUCGAACCAGAUCUAGCAGGGUUCACUGGGGAGGAAUAUGCAGAAAUAUUUGAUAUACGGGCAAUGCCUAAACCUACAACAGAACGAGAAGUGGGCCAGUUACCAGAGAAGGACAUUAGGAAGUUCUUCGAGGAGGGAUAUGUAGUUGUAGAGAAUGUCUUCCGGAAGGAAACUUUGGAAGCCUGUAAGACGGCCAUAGACAAAAUGGUUGAUGAGCUUGCUCAAAAACUGUAUAAAGCAGGAAAGAUCACAGAUCUGUGUGAAAACUUCGGAACCUCUGAUAGGUUGAUCAGAUUGGACAAUCAGUUUCAAGGGACAAGUGUUCUCUUUAUAAAACAUGCCCGAUUGAUGCAGGCGUUUAAGGACCUCUGGACAGACGAAGUGUUAUUGAACAUUGUCGAACAACUUAUAGGCCCGGAUAUAGCUGGUCACCCAGUUUGGAAUCUACGGGCAAAGCUACCACAAGAUGAAGCAACAACAGUCCCAUGGCACCAAGAUUCUGGUUACCUUGACACGAAUAGUUACCGUGUAUUACAACCCACCGCCUGGAUACCGUUUGUGGACGCUACAGAGACCAACGGCUGCUUGCAGAUGAUGCAUGGUGGCCACAAAACUGGGAAAGUCGCCACUCACCAGUGCUGUCAUGGUGGUACCUGGUAUGUAAUGCUGGAAGAAGACGAAAUGGAGAAAACACUUGAUAUCAAUGUGAAGAAGGACAUUAGGACCUUCCCUAUACCCUAUGGAAGUAUGAUUUUGUUCAAUAAUUUGAUUCCACAUAGAAGUUUAAAUAACGCGUCAGACCAUAUCCGUUGGAGUGUAGACCUACGCUGGCAGACUCCACACCUCCCAUACGGAUAUUAUGGCCUCAAACAGGGAGUCGUCUUCCGCACGAAGGAGGACCCUCACCCUGUAGUAGAUUGGGACAAAUUCGAAGGAGUGGAUAGGUUCAAGAUCACUGCUGAUGCUGUUAAAGACACGCCACAGGAAACAAAGGAAGCUGAUUUUGAUACAUCCAUUCAGGGACCUUGGAUGAAGAAAUGGGAAAUCGUUCACGUCAAUCGGCAUGUGCAGAAAAUGCAGAGCGAGGAGAAGUCCGCUUAAAUGGGUUGAAUUAAAUCUGGUUUUAAACCAUAAAGUGACAUGUCAUUGAUCUACAACGCUUAGACAAUAACAAAGGUUUCAAGAGGUUCAUUUUCAAGACAAUUAUUAAAGACUUAGGAAACACAAAAGGAGAUAUGUAGAUUAAGCCAAACCUAAAAGUAAGUUACAAGUUACAGUUCAAUUUAAAUCGAUUAUCAUAUCAUACAUUUAAAACUCCCAUUAGGUCUAAGUAAGCUGGGGUGUGGCUGGUACAUUUUCGGGCGGAUUCAUUUAAAUGUGGAUGCAGAGCAGGGCCUUGGUAAGGGGCACAAAGUUUUUUUUUGUGGAUUCAACUUCGUAACUGUGUAUUUUACUUCUCGCCAAUUCAGGGGGACACAAUCCGUGUUUUCUUUACGACUAACGUUUCAUGGAAUAUACAGAUAUUACUAAGAAUGUAACGUCUAACUUAAAGAUUUCAUGAAAGUUAAAAAGAAAUCGUCUUUGGUAUCAAUUCUGUUAUUACACUCUGGCUUGCUGUAUAUUUGAAUGCAUUUUAAACAGGCAAUAGAGAAAAUAAUUCGAAAUAUAUAUACAUUUCAAGGAAACAGUCCUGUAAAGGAUUCAUUUCAGUUAAGCAAGUUUAUGACAAAGGUGUUCUAUCUUAUAUAAAUUCUUUCUAUGAGAGGCGAGAAAAGUUGAUCGCAUAUUUCCCUAGAUAAAUCGAUUUUAAAGAUUUACGUACUAUAAAAUAGAAUAACAAAAUUAAAGCAGAGGAGAUGCAUCCAACUUACAAACAAUGGAAAUGAAGCCAUACAACAAUACAAAUGCUAGUAACAAAUUCUUUACACACAUUGUUUUGAUCCAGAAGUCGACUAGCAUGUAUAUGCGAAAAUCACAUUUGCUAAUACUGUUUUACGAGUCCCCGUACAGUGCUAUCACCCACUUUGGCUAGAUUUUAACAAACAGAGUUUUUUAUUCAUCUACAUCAAUUCAUACAGCUGGAUAAAUCUGUAUCCUAUACUGGUUCUAGUCAGUGAAGUGUGUAUUUAUGUAUUCCAUCAUCAUUAAUUUCCAUUUAUUCAAUAGUAACACAUCAACUUUUACUGCGUAUGAAGUAUGCAUAUCACAUUUGAUUCCUUACUGCAGAACUUGUUAUAGAUGUCAGGUUUGUUUUGGAUAGAUGUAUCG